UACUACCUACACGUCAAUAUAAAUGACUACCAAAACACGUUGGUAUAAAGUUGUUUAGACUAUGCAUGUUUUAUUGGAUUUGUAAUAUUUGCCAACGAUUGUGAUGGAAAAUGACCAAAGGAUUCAUAUUCGUUAUUGUAUUGGUACUGGUCACAAUUUUUCAAAGACCGUUUCAUGUAUGUGAGAAGAUUAAUGAUGGAUCACAGUUACAGGAUGAAAGAUCACAGUCACAGGAUGAGACUGAGAGUGUGGAAUAUAGGACAGAUACAGACCCUCUGCAGUCUGUUGAGACAAUACCUGCCUCCCUUCCCCUACAGCCAGUCCCAGCGACCCUGCUGGAACCAUUUCAACAUACACAGUCCAACAACAAGCCAUCAGAGUACACCAGAGUUGAGCCGGAGUCUUCCAUACUUGAAGAUGCUAAAGCAACAUCUGAUGUACAGUCUUCCACCAAAAGCAUUCUGUCAUCACUUCCAGUCGAACACGCUCUUAAAGCACUGACAGAAUCAACAGCUUCACAAAUAGUUUCAGAACAAACAGCAUUCAGCCAGUUGGACGAACAGCACACUGCCAGUUCUGAGAGUCAUGUAUUGCCACCAGACAUCUCUCAAGAAGGUUUACAUGUCAAUCCUGAUGACAGGAGUUCAUCGAGUAAACCAGAUCUGGUGUCUGACAAACCUGCAUCUACUAGAACAGAAGAAAGCCAUGUUCCUGAGGCCCAACUGGACACUUCACACACAGAUGCUGGGAAUCCGGAUAAACCAGCUGAUGAGCUUUCACAAGCCUCAUCUAAGGCACCUACUGGUACUGGGGACCAAACUCGGGCAGCACCUAAUCCAGGUGAAGAACGAACAAUUGACAAUAGCAUUAAUAAUGAGGAUCAAAUCGUGGAAGAGUUUCCAUCUUAUUCGGAAUGGAAACAGAAAGAACUGGAAAAGCAAAAAACUCAACAGAAAACAGUCAUUCCACCAACAGCAUCUGUUAUCAAACCAAAGCUCAGAGUUGAUUAUGCUUCAAAAAACUGUGGUGCUAAGAUCAUUGCUACAAAUCCAGAAGCUGAGAAUGUGCAAGGUGUUUUAUCAUCUAGCAGAGAUGAAUACAUAAUUAACCCCUGCAGUGCCAAGAAAUGGUUUGUCUUGGAGCUAUGUGAGCCGGUACAAGUGAAGUCGGUAGAGAUUGCCAGUCUGGAGUUGUUCUCAUCUCAGCCACGUGCCUUCACCGUUCUAGUUAGUGACAGAAACCCUGCAAAGGAAUGGCGACAAGUUGGCAGUUUUGAGGCAACGGAGGACAAGUCAGCUCAGUGGUUUGCAGUCAAUGAUGAACAGUUUGUCAAAUUUAUUAAGGUGGAGUUGCUCAAUCACUACGGCAAUGAACACUUUUGCCCAGUUACCUUGUUCAGAGUAUUUGGCAUUCCCAUGGAUGACGAUGAUGAUGACCAUGAACAAGCAGAGUCUGCUAACAUUGAUAUUGUUAAAGAUGUACUUACAGAUGAUGACAUAGAAGGAGACAAAGAAAGUGUGAAAAAUUUAUUCACAAGUGCUAAAGAUACAGUUGUUAAAUUGGUGAAAACGGUUUUGAAUGUUGAUCUCGAGCACAGUGACAUAAAUAAGCCAAAGAAUAAAGAUCAUGAAUUGCCUGCUGAUGUCUCUGAUGGGAAUUAUUCAGCUGAUGGACAAUUGUUACCAUGUGAUCCUGCCCAUCAAAAUGAGAAAGAAAAAAAGAAUAUUCCCACUGUUAUUGUUCCCACUGGAUCCAUUCCUCAAGUUCCUAAUGAGAAACAAACAGAUGUUUCAGAAAAAUCCAUUCCAGCAUCAAGUGAUAUUGGAGAACAACCUCUUAAGACCAUCUCAGAAAUUCAAGAAAAGUCACGUAAGAGACAGACAGAACUUCCGUUGGUGACAAAGUUGGCCGACAAUGAGCAAGUGCCUAGUGAAAAGAUGAAGGCAUCGAGAAGUCUUCGUGAGUCCCUUUCAAAGUGCAACAAACUGGAAAGUAAUGUAACCAGUCCACACAGACUUAUAUGUUCAUAUGUCCAGACUAUGCUAGGAAACAAAAUUACACAGACCUGUUGCACAGAUGAAAAAACAUCUACUCUGUCCACUGAGAUUGAAAUGACUUCAGAACUGUGGAAGACAACUUCAAGUAUUGCAAUCUUCACCUCUGACAUUCCUGAAUUUUCCAGAGAUUUACCUGGUAUUGGCAAUAAAGCUGCUUCUUCAGAUAGCAUAGCUGAGUCAUUUUUAUCUGAGGAGAAGCAACAGCCUUCUCACUCAGACUUUAUGUCUGUACUACAAAGUGUGCAACAUUCAACCAGUGAGCUUUUCUCACAUGAGCUCAAUAUGAAUGAAGAUCGGGAUAUUCUUUCAAGUGAAAGUGUCACUCCGGACAUAGCUUCAGACACUACUCUAGUGAAGCAGGCAGAGUUACCUCACAAUGGGCUUCCUGUUUUGGAGUCGAGUAUCCGCUGUACAGAUAGUUCAGAAUUGAUCUCUAGUUCAAGCCCGACUCCUGAGCUUAGUAUUGCUGAGUCACAAGUCAUUGUACAAAACACUGAGGCCGCUGUGCAGGGCUCACUCAUCACCAAAGUGAUGCCAACACCAACAACCAUAGCUGUUGACUCGAUGGAGGAUGGUGCUUAUCCACAGACAGUCGGAGCUUCAGUUGAGGUGCACCCGGGAAAGCUGCGUGAAGAAGACAUGAAAGAGAAUGUUCCUGCUAGUGAGCAAGCGAACCAGGAGCACAAGUCAUCAGCGGAUUUUCUAGCGGAAAAAGACAUUAACAAGGCACAGAAUGUCACACGGCCGGCUAAUGAUGUUAAUCUGAAACCAGUAGACCUCAUUCAGAUUCCAGGCUUGCCUGUAGCAAAACAUCGAGAGACUGCCAUUAUGAGAUUGACCAAUCGAAUCAAAACUUUGGAGUUGAAUGUUUCUUUGAGCAGUAGAUUCUUAGAUGAGCUCAGUCAGCGAUUUAAGAAACAGCUGGAUGACAUGACAAAGCAGAUGACGAACGUGUCACGCACGUCUGAAAUAAAGGAUGAAAUGCAGCAAGAGCAGCUGGACUUCCUAGAAUCAAGGGUAGAUAAUUUGACCAAGUGGAUCUUUGUCCUCUCAGAAAACUUUGACCAGCUCAGUAACAAGUUGACUGACCGGCAAAUGGUUUGGGCAUCUCUUGAAUUUCUAAUGUUGGCAGUGACCUGUCUUGUGUGCCUGACUCGUAGAAGUUCCACACCAGUAACCCCUAAACUGGAGACUUCAUCAGCACCCAGCCACUCACAGUCCAGUGGUAAAGCAAGACGCAGUUCUGAUAUUGGAACUGUGGGACAUGAAGUCCCUGUUGCAUCAAUCAAAAAGCAAUCAAGUGAAACUAUGCUAGCAACAUCAUCAGUACAAAACAUUGGAGUUGUUCAUAAAACAGACACGCCAUUGUCAGAUACGGUUUCCCGAGAAGGACAGAAGAAAAAGAAAAGAAAGAAACAUAAAAACCUUGAAACGAAGUCUUCCGUUGACCUAGUACAAGAUUAUAAGCACGAUACCCAAUCCUCCACCCAGCUGAGUCGCUGUGCUGGCCUGCUGUUUGGUGCAGAUGCAGUUAACUCUUUAACAGGUGUCACUGAUGAGGAGCACAGCCAGGAUACAAACACAUAUGAACAUGGUAGCAGUACUACAAGCUUGCCGUGCUAUAGUGGACCAGACUCUGUAGAAAGCCAGCCUGGCCGACCAGACAGCUCUCUAAGUGAUACUGCGCUUCAUGGAAUGUGUCCUCACCACAGAAAGACAUUCCAGCCACAACCCUCCAGGAGUGUUCAGUCAGUUACAAAUGGAUUUUCCGACACAUCCGACACAAAACAAGACAAUCCGAUGGAGUUUUCUGCUUCUUAUUGCCUUGAUCGCAUCGAGUCUGUUUCCAUGAUAAAGACAGAGACUAAAGGUUACAAGAAGUGGGUGGAAUGGAAAAAGUCCCUUGGCUUUAAAUAAGUAGCCAAAUAAGUUGUGUGUUUAACCUGGUCAGUAUUGUGUAUAGUGGUGAUUGUGCAUUUGUCAUGUAUGUAAAUUGUGGUGUUUUGUUCAAAUGUGGUGGAUUAUGUGACUGGUUAUUUCAGGAGAGUACCUAAAUGUUAAUGGACACCUGUACCUGUAUGUUCUUUACACUCAGUAUUUUUUUCUUUCACUUUUGUUUGGUACAUUGCAAGUCCCUAGAUAUAGUGUUUGUUGUCACUGUCCGUCCACAUAAUAUGCUUCACAUCAGAUUUGAGUCAUAUGUUUCAUCCAUUGUGUUGCUAAGUUUUUCUUCAGAAUGGUUUUAUUAAGGAGUCAAGUGUCAAUAUGGAUUGAGGCUGAUGUUGAAAUGUCAAGUUUUGAUACCUGUGGGUAGUGUUCAGCAUAGUUUUCAGUUCAGUACUUCAUAGUGGUGUCAGCAUAGUCUUACCCAGACAUAUCAGUCAACAGGGUGUGGUUGAUUGGAGGGGAGUAUGGGUUUCAUCUUUCUCUAUCUACAUGUAUCUGUCCCUCUGUCCUACAUGGUAUUCCGGACAGUUUUUUCCACAAUGCUUCAAGAUAUUGAACUGAAAUUUUGUGUAUAAUUUUAUCAUGUACUGUCACAGAUCAAGUUUGACUUACAGGGCGGGUUUACCCAUUUUUGACAGAGUUAUGGUCCUUGAACUUAGGAGAUAUUUGGGCUUGAUAAGAGAUAUGUUUUGUUUUAGCAGUAAUCUCAGAAUAAUUGUUUGCAAUAUGUCUUGAUAGCAUGCACUAUGUUUAGUUGACUGGUUUACUAACAGACACAGCUAUCUGAAGUUACAUGUAGGUAGACGGGCACCACAUUAUUGGUUUAGUAACAGACACAGCUAUCUGAAGAUACAUGUAGGUAGACGGGCACCACAUUAUUGGUUUAGUAACAGACACAGCUAUCUGAAGAUACAUGUAGGUAGACGGGCACCACAUUAUUGGUUUAGUAACAGACACAGCUAUCUCAGGUUACAUGUAGGUAGACGGGCACCACAUUAUUGGUUUGUGUCAAAACUCUGUUACUGGUGUGCAACCUAGUGAUUCAUUCUAGAUUGGAAUGCAUCUAGUGGUGUCGUUAAACAAAACAAAACAAGCUCUCUGAUGGACUAAUAAUUUGUUUUGUUUCAUUUUUAACAUGUGUAUGUGUAUGUCUAACUGGAACCAGAUUUAUUUGUAAGCAGCAAAUUGCUUGCAGUUGAAUUGAAUGCGAUCAUUGUUGAUGCAGUGUAUGAACAGUGUAUAAAUGUGUAAAGUGGU